GUGGGGAAAGUGUAUAAAAACGCUGCGCUGGGAACCAGUGUCAGACUUGAGCGAACAACGAAGAAGGUACACACAAACAAAAUCACGAAUCCUCAGAACUUCGACCGACAACUGAGAAGAACUGUAGUGGUGCAACUUGUCAAAACAACCUCACCUACACUGCACACGAACUUAUUGAAGACAACUGUAUUGAUUUCCAGGACAUCUCAGCUCACCAGCCAUGGUUAUCAUAGGAGCAGCAGCCUCGGCCGGGGCCGUGGCAGCAGGAGCGGCCGUGACAGGCACCACGCUAGCUCUGUUCUUCGCCACGGUGUGCCUGGUGGCCGCCGUGGUGUCAAUGACCCACCAGCACCGACGACACCACCGGAGAUUGCCCAACUUCCCCGGGGGUCCGCACCGGGUCCCUCUGCUCGGAAACAUCCCCAUUUUGACGGGCACCGAUAAGCCGUACGUAGCAUGCACCGAGCUAGCCAAGAAACACGGCGACAUCUACUCGCUCAAGCUGGGCGACGAUUGGUUCCUGGUCCUGAACAGCACCGAGUUGAUCCGGGCAGCUUUUGUGGAUAUGGCUGAGGAGUUUGCGGGGAGACCUUCGCUCUUUUCAACCGAGAAACUUACAGAGGGAUAUAAAGACAUCUCCUUCACCGAUUACACCCCGGAAUGGAGACAUCACCGAAGACUGUUCUCAAAAUCACUCAAGAGUUUCACUGGUGGCACCCGACUAGAAUCUAUUGUACACGAGCGAUUGGGGGCAUUGGAAGAGUACCUAGACGCCCGCCUGGGUCAGGAGAUCAACGCGACGUACAUCAUUGACCUGGCUGUCCUCGGCAUUCUCACACGUCUAUCGUUCGGAUACGAAAACGACGACAUCCAUGAGCAGAUGAUGCGCUUGAUUCCUGGCGACGUCGCCACGUUGGUCAUCGGCAAGCGCAUGGCUGUGGACGCGUUCCACUGGAUGAAACACUUCUCGAACAAAGAGAAGAAAUUCAUCAAAGCUGUAAGCAACGAAUUCAACGGACUCAUCAACGCCGAGGUGCAACGUCACAAAGAAACCUACGACCCAAGCAACAUCCGGGACAUGAUCGACGAGCUGAUCAAGUCGCAACAAGAGGCCCGAGACAACGGCGACACAGAUUUGGACUUCUUCUCUGAUACGCACAUCUCACAGACCAUCGCCAAUGUGCUCGUUGGAGGUGGUAUCGGUACCGGGCAGAGCAGUUACUGGGCCCUUGCCUGCAUGACUGAAAACCCACACCUGCAGGAAAAAGUCUCCGAGGUCGUAGAGGGCGCCGUCGGCCAUGACCGCAUGCCCGCCCUCAGCGACCGCAGUGCGAUCAGGUACGUGGAGGCGUUGGUGAUGGAGGCGCUUAGAUACGCGUCCGCUGCUCCCAUUGGCGUACCAAGGACGACAACGCGUGACGUCAACUUCCGUGGGUACAGAAUUCCCAAAGGGACACCGGUGCUGUACAACAUGUACGCCGUCCAUUUUGAUGAGAAGAACUUUGAGGAACCCUUCGAGUUCAAACCAGAGCGCUUCUUGAAGGAGGACGGAUCCAUUCAACACUCCCAGAGCUAUCUCCCCUUCAACAUUGGCCACCGCCAGUGCUUGGGCAAGACCCAGGGAGAGGUCAUCUGUUUCCUGGUCUACUCCUGGCUCUUCCACCGGUACACCUUCACCAAGGUGCCCGAGCAUCAAGACGAGAAUCUCCUGGUACAGAACCCGAUGAUCCAGGCCGCUCGCUCCCCGAAACCCUUCAAAGUGAUCGCCACUAAGCGGUACUAGGUGAUGAUGUCAUCGUGACAUCACUCACGUCACUGCUACCCGAGAAGUGUAAAUCACAUUAAAGACACGUUUUGAUAUUAGAUUUUUGAUAUUAGAAGCGGCCAUUUUGUUCUCGACCCAAUUUUUUUUUGUAAAUUUGUAAAUGAGAAUACUGCUUUUGUAUCUUGAUCGCAUGAUUUCAAUCAACGGAUGUCUUUGUACAUUAAGUCCACUAUAAAGUUUGCAUGCAAGGUAUUGGUUAGACUUAAUCAGAAAACCCUUGUAAGAGCGCCCUCAGUGGUUGGGACAGUUGAGUUAUUUUGAUUCAGUGACAACGAAAGUAUACGGAGCAGCAAAGACCCGUCGGUGAAGGCGCUCUACACAAGGAGUGUUUUGUUAGUGACAUAUUUAUGUACUAUUUAAGUGCUCAUUUUAAUUUAUGUUAGUUGUUCCAUACUGAAGUGGGUAUUAUCAGUACGAAAUGGCGUGAUUUUUAAAGGAAUUUAUGAAGAUAGCACAAAGAAUUAUUAUAGACUUUUGAUUAUUGUGUUAAAAUGUUUAGGAACCUAAAGUCAGUGCGAAUUAACCAUUCACUUCAAGUAUUUAUAUGUGGUUAUUUAUUAGAAGUUAAUAAGUGUUUGGUAUAUUUGUAUUGAUGGGAGAGUUAAGGAUGUACAAAUAUGUUUAUUUGAUUUCAUGGUACAUUUUUAUUAUCAUGGUUGCUAAGAAAGCCGAUAAGGGAAUAUGUUAAUGAAUUGUACGCGAUCAAUGUAACUUAUAGUGAUGAACUUUGUAAUCGAAACUAAACAAUGAUGUAAAUAGGCUGCAUGUUAUGAACAAAUAAUCAGAUAGAUGAUUGUUUUUUCCCCCCAAAUCCAUAACAUUCCAACGAUCAUUUCAUAAAAUCGUCCAUGCGUCAAUUAACUUAAUUGUGUCAUAGACAUGCAGUUGAUUUCGUACGACGGACUUUGGCUCCAUUUCAGAAACUGUCUUUCAAUGCGUUAAUCACAAAAUAAAACCGGACUAUAU